GGGAAGCGAUCUUUGCAGAUCAUCGAGUUCUUAGCGGUCAUGGGGUCCCGAAUUGCAGAGCGUCGCGUUCUAGCACUCGAGGUACAACGUGUGCUCCCUUGCCUUGAAAUAUCAACCCCGGAAUGCCACUAACCACGGAUACCCCUAAGCUAAACCAAACAGUCCCCUCACCAUUUAUCUUGUCGUGCCUCUUCAUCCUGUCUUGUCUUUUCAUUCGCAUGUGAGAAAUGUUCUUCUCCCGCAAGGCUUCGCUCUCACGCGAAGCCUUCACCUACUUCACCCUCCUUGCUCUCUGCACCCUCGCUUCAGUCUACCACUUCUACACCAGCACCAGCGCGAUCUCCCGCGACAUACAACAUCUCAUCCUCCCCUUUCCCCCGGGACCAACCUCCCCCAUACCCAAAACUUUAUGGUACAAAGUUGGCCCACGGGGCCGCAACAACGAAAUCACUGCAUGGACCAAUAGCUGCAUCACUGCAAAUCCAGACUACGACGUCCGAUUUCUUACAGAUGAAGAUGCCGAACACUCCGUCUCCGCCGCGUUCUCCAACCGCGCCAACAUCCUCGAAGCAUACUCGGGCCUGACCGUGCCGGUUCUGAAAGCCGAUAUGCUGCGCUACAUGAUGCUAUACGACCAAGGAGGAGUGUGGUUAGACCCGAACGUGUCCUGCGAGGAAGUGCCGAUUGACGAGUGGAUAGCGUCCGAGUUCCGAGAAAAGGCUGGACUAGUUGUGGGCUGGGCGUUUGAUGUAGGGCCGUCUUUGGGCAUGAGCCAGUUUGCGAGCUGGGCGAUUAUGGCGAGGCCGCGGAGUCCGCAUGUGUUGGCUGUGAUUGAGAGGAUUGUUGAUGCCUUGCGUGGCGUGAUGAAGGAGCAUCGUGUCAGCAUGGGGAAUGUGACGUUGAAUUUGACGGGUGAUGCUGUGGGUUUCUCGGGGCCGGGACGUCUGACGACAGGCGUGUUUGAGAGUCUGGAGCAUACCUUGAAUAGGACUGUGAGCCUAGAUGAAGCUAGGGAGAUUUUGCAGCCGGUGCUUCUCGGUGAUGUGUUAGUUAUGCCAGGGCGAUCGUUUGCGGCGUCGAUGAAUGAUUAUUCGAAGAAAGGUGGUGGAUCGGGUCUGUUACCGCCGCGGUUGGUGACACAUCACUAUGCUGGGAUGUGGAAGAACGGUUCAGAUGGGGAGUGAGUCACAUCUCCUUUUGCUGAGUGUUUUGUAAGCGACUAUUUGACAGCGCUGGGAUGCCAUCUACUCGUGGCGUGAUCACCGAGAAGGACU